AUGUACCCCUUUUGGGUCACCACGCUCUACACUGGAUUUUUCUCAAUCUCCUCCUGGACCAAGAGCGAUGACGACUACAUGCGUGAUGAAUUUAUCGCCCUCGAGCCCGAGAAAUGCGAGUUCAACUACCUGUUUGCCCGCUCGUCGGGGGCCAGAAAUACCGUCGAGGCCAGAACGAGUUUCGGAGUUUCGACAAUCUAUCUCGCCCUGGGAGCCGGACAGAACGUUGCCUCUCUGCCUCGGUCACAGCCUGGUGAUAGUAAGCCCUGGGAAAAGAUCAUCGCGACGGAGAAAGAAGCUUUCAAGGCGGAAAUAUCGAGACAGCAUUGGCGAGUAGCGGGUGAGGAGGUUGAGCCGCGGAUUUCACUACUCGAUGGAGAUUUACUAGAGACGUUACCUAGAGAGUUGGAAGGGACUGGUGAGAUUGAUUUGCUGAUUAUGGACGCUGGUGAAACCACGAUUGCAGCGCGGCCCAUUGGUUAUAACGCAUAUGACUGGGAUAGCCAACACGGCGUACGCGGACUUGCUGGAGUACUUGCACGACCUGACCAAUGGGUUCAAAACGAUGACCACGCCUUUAGUGGGGGCCUGGAGGAGUCUGUAUACCUGCCGGACCUGGAGUGA